AUGGAGAGCACCCGUGCUAUAUUGUUGGAGCUGUCGCAGGGAAGAGUCGAGCCCCUCCCCUCAACGUGGCAGGCGUCCAACAUUCAUGCGAGGGCAGCAGGACAACAGGCGGUGACUGAUUUGCAACGGCGUACAGCACAGCAGCUGCUGGCGGAGCUGAAUCUGAUAGACACUGCGUUGCAACGCUGUCGUCGCAAGACGGAACAGCGUCAAACGUAUCUUUCUGAGGUGGAACAACUCCUUGGUACAAUGCGGAAUAAAGGUGAGCACGAUGACAUUUCUUCGCUGAUGCAUCUAGAAAACGAGCGCACCUCUCUACAGUACACUCGCAACCGUGUGCGGGUGAUGAUGGACGAAAGCAAUACGCUGAUGAAGGCGCUACAGGAUCAGGGUGGCAAAUUGGAAGGGACAGGCAGUAAGGUAGCAGAUGUAUUGGAGUCGCUCGGUGUGGCCAAUUCAACAGUUCUACAGAUUCUCCGGCGCAAUAGAGUGGACGCAUGGCUUGUGUAUGGUGGGAUCGCAUUAACACUGUUUCUGAUAUACUGGAUAUGGUAA